AUGUAUAUAACCCGUAAAUUAUUUUCGAUAAAACCUUUACUUCGACAUUCAUUUAAAUCUUUUACACCUUUUAGUACCACUCAAAUUCACCCGUAUAAUUAUUCAACUCGCAAUUUUUCAAGAGAAAUAUUAAGUAGAGUACGCAUAUAUGUGGUUCAAAGUCGAGGAUUUCAUAAUAAUAGAGUAUGCUUAGUUCAAAAAAAAAUCAUUAAAAAAAUUGAAAAGGAAGAAAAGAUCGAAGAGGAACAAGAUACACUGAAUUUAGAAGAGGACGAACUUUUCCCUACGGCGAUACUACAAGGACCUUUAACAGAGCGAACCUCAAAAAUUACACCAGACGUAUCACCAGAAUUUUAUAAACUUUAUCAAGAAGCAAUUCAAAAAACUCAAAAGACAACUCCUUUACACGGACUUCCAAGGCAUGGUCGAUUAAAUAAUUUAAUCUAUCAUAUUCAAACGCGUGAGGAUGCUUUAUUAUUACCAAAAGCGGUUGCUCAAUGGCGUAAAAAAUUAUUACCUUCAACACCGAUAACAACUCGUUUGAUCAUUAAAAAAUGUUGUGAAGUUAAUUCCGAAGAUGUCGUCUUUCAAAUGUUAACGGAUAGAGCACAAUAUGCUUUAUUACCUAGUCAAGAAGGAUUUAGACGGAUCAUGUUAGCUUUUGCUAAUAAAAUCGUUGAUCCGUCAAUGGAUGAAAUGAGUCUCUCUUUAAAUAAACAAGAGAUAUUAGAUAAUCUUUAUAAAACUUUUGGAUUGAUGACUUAUUAUGAUAUUCCUCAAUAUGAUGUUCAUCUUUAUACCAUUUUAAUAUCAGCUUCUUUAAAGUUGGAAAGUUGGGAGAGAGUUGAUAUAACCGCUUCGGAAUUAUUAGAAAAAUUAGAUAGAAUGAAUAAUGAAGCUUUGGAAUUACCUCCGAUUCCUUCUGAUUGGGAAAAAAGUGAAUUAUUAAAACAUGAUGAUAAAUUUAAUGAAUAUAGUAUUGAAUCACGAAAAAUUAGAUUAAAAUCUUGUAUUGAUAUGUCGGAUAUAUUAUAUAAAAGGUACACCGAAUCAAAUUUAGAUGAAAAUAAGGCUGAAAGUUUUAAAAAAUUAAUUGAAAUUUGGAAUAAAAAGUUGGAUGAGCAAAUUUAA